AUGGACGAAUCCGAUAGAGAUGACAAUGCAGAUGAACCAAAAGUGGUCGAGGCAAGUCUUGUUUCAUUUUCUCUCAUUUCAUACCUCCUGCAUAUCAAGGCCGUAUCCGAUUAUUCGUACAACUACUCCCCACAUGUCCAAAUGAUGUGGUUUCCUCCUGCUUUGACCGACCCAAACAAACGUUUUGAACGAUACGAUGUCUCCCUGGGUAAAGGCGCAUACAAAGAGGUCUUCAAGGCUUUCGAUCAAGAGAGAUUCGUAGAAGUCGCUUGGAAUCAACUCAGGAUCGACAAUCUACCCAAGCGUGACGCUCAACAUAUCGUAUCCGAAAUCAACCUCCUUGCAAGUCUUCGUAACGACCACAUCAUCACCAUGUACGAUGCAUGGGCUAGCGUAUCUCCAAACGGCAAAUACAGAGUCGUCUUCAUCACUGAGCUCAUGACGUCGGGAACAUUGAAGAGUUAUAUCAAAAAGUCAAAAGGCCCAGUCAAGCCCAAAGUUCUAAAGGACUGGUGUCGACAAAUCCUACUUGGACUCGAUUAUCUUCAUACACGUAAACCUCCCGUAAUUCAUCGAGAUCUCAAAGCCGAAAACAUCUUCAUCAAUGGAAAUAAUGGUCAAGCAAAGAUUGGAGACUUGGGACUAGCCAUAGAAAAGCAUAGAGAACACAUAUCAUCAGUGUUGGGAACACCUGAAUUCAUGGCGCCCGAGUUGUAUGAUGAACACUACGAUGAAAAAGUUGACAUCUACUCCUUUGGAAUGGUCAUCCUCGAAAUUGUGACCAAAGAGUAUCCAUAUUCAGAGUGUACCAAUCAACCACAGAUAUAUCGUAAAGUCAUGCAAGGAAUCAAACCUGCUGCACUCAGUAAGGUGCUAGAUGAAGAAACGAGGAGAUUUAUAGACGUCUGUAUACAAUCUGAUCCAAAAAAGAGACCAUCAGCUGCAGAGUUACUCCUCCAUCCGUUCUUGGUCAUGGCCGAAGGUCAAACGUCACAUAAUGGCCCAUCACAAAUAUCUAGUCUAGACGACCUGAAUCUAGCUACAAAUGGUUAUGACUUUACGCCACGUGCUAGUGUAUCUUCGAUUAGGAGCACUUCAUUUCCCAUUAAUGGCACAUUGUCAUCUGCCGUGACAAAGGAAACUAUCAAGGAAGAAGUUGGUAUAAUAGAAGGUGGCACUGAUAAAGCUCUUGAUCGACUUGCCAUUCGAUCUGACGGAAUGCUGACUCAAACAGAAGCGGCUGCCGUAUCUUCGCCAGUCUCGACGCUGGUCGACACAUCAUACCCUAGUGACAGAGUAUCAGAAGUCUCGAUGCCAUACAAGUCAAUGUCAAUGGAUCAAUCUUCUCAUUUACGAGGAGGCUUACUAUUGCAACCAUUGACUCCCGCCGUGCAUGGUUUGACACCUAAUACAUCACCAAUACAGUUGAUGACACCGUUAUUUCCACUACCAUCAUCAGUCACAAUACCACUAGCCACAUCUCCAACAUCAGUAGAUGGACCAAAACUAUUACCUGCUAUAUUAGAAGCUCUAACUCCGACAGAUACUGUAAAUAGUGUACAAACAGCUGAUUCGGCAACAUCUCCACCUCACGCAACGGUGCGUUCAAGGUCUAGAUCCUUACCAAGAGUGACGUCUAGGUCGCGGACUACAUCACCUACCAAUAAUUAUGUAUUUAGUUCGCCAAAUUCGUCGAAUAUGGUCCCGUCUUCAACGUCAAUGGCCGCAAUCCAACCUCCAACUCUAGGAAAUAGUGGUAGCAGUCAAGUCAGUAAUAGUAGUCUUCAAGUUAGUCAAUCAUAUAGUAGUAGUAAAACUGGCACAAAUGCUCAACCAUCAACAGUCCAUACCCAAUUUCCCAGUAUCACUAACACUUCAAGUCCAACACUGCAUUCGAUUUGCCUUGUACAUAUAAUAGAACGCAAAUCGACAGGUCUCUUGCUAAAGAUGGUGUAUACGGUGCCAGGAAAGCAAUCCAAGGAAGCAAAGUUUAUGUUUAAUUUGAACGAGGAUACCGCUACCAAUGUAGUGGCAGAAAUGGUCAAAGAGAAUUUGAUUGAGGAGGCUGACGAGCUUUUGGCCCGACAAAGGUUGGAGGACACUCUUCGUAGUUUGACUACAGGAGAAACCCCUCCUGUUACUUAUGCUUCGGUGGCUAGUCAUGCUAUAACAGCUACAGUGGUGGCUGCAGUAGUGACUCCUCCAACUCCAAUAUUAUCAACAGGUCAACCAGCGGCGGCAUCAAGUAAAAUAGAGGGGCAAAGUCAAACUCUGACACCACCAGCAGCACCUGGUAAAGUAGAAGGGCAAAGUCAAACAUCAGGACCACCGUCUAGAGAUGAAUCGCUACCUCAGCACAAGGUGGCCCAGCAGCAGAACCCAGCUAUAGAUGAAAUGAUGAACAUGCAUCCAGAAGCAGUACCACCAUCUCCUGAAAUAGUACAAACUGGAUCGAAUGCUACAUACUUUGAUCCUCAGUUCAAAUCACUGGGACGCUCAUCGACUGUUAAAUCGUCAUCGUCAUCUCAGGCAGUAUCAGCUCUCGAACGAGAACCACCUGUACGUAGAACUCUUUCUCAUAAUGGUCCUUAUGCUAUGAGCCAUAUGGGUCAAAUGCCACCUCCGUCUUCCCAACAUAAUAAUAUUACUGGACGUAUAUCUACCUCAUCGCCACGUGCUUCCAUUUCUGCUGGUCUUGGAAUGUCAUCAAGUCCAUCGUCACCGACUUCGAUAGAUAAGCCCAGUCAUGGAAGAACCCCUUCUACCGUGUCGGUUGGAUCUAUCGCUGGCGGGAGCAGCUCGUCAAGACCCAGUACCCCAGGUUCAGAUUAUGCAUCUGCUCCUGGAUCGGAAGGGUUCAAACGUGGUACUUCAGGUGGUGACUUGAGGAACACACCGUCACCUCAUAAGCAACAUGUGUGGAGUAGUGAUGGGAGCGAGUUUGUUGGAUUUGAAAGUGCAGAAGCUCAACCUUCGGCAAUGUCACUACCUCCAGUGGUACCUUCAACGAGUAGCACUCUACCAGCUAGUUUGCUAAAUGUCGCCACUACUAUAACUAGUCUUAUACAGCCCAAUAGUAAUGCACUAGGCCAACAUCUCUUGUCAUCAACCACGACGACAACAGCAACUCCAAAUAUACAGGCACCUACGACGAUGACAUCGUUAGCACCCCCACCAGCAACAACAUCAACUCCAUCAAUAUCACCCACCAACAUAUUUCCAAACACAUUGGCGACGAUGCCUCCAUUAGCGAGCCCAAUACCGGUCUAUCUGCGAAAUCCAUCACAGACUAUACCUGUAAAUUCCUCACCAUCACCACCAACCAGCGGCUCACCAAACUCUACUAGUAAUAUAGUAAGUCAACCUCCACUACCACCUGCUAGUGCACCUCCAAGGAUGGCCGACCCGGAUGUCAUGGCCAAACUUCAUGCCAUGCAGGAGAAUGCACUGCGUGGGUUUGAGCUCAAGUCAAAUGGCAGUAGCAUGAUACCUUCUAGCAGCAUGAUGAGCAGUAUGGGACAAGGAAUGUCUCGCGCUAGUACUGUGGGGCCAUCGUCAGGAAAUAAUGCUAUUAGGCCCUUGACUAUGCAAAGUACUGGAAGUAUCAUGCAGUCACAACAAACCCCCAAUAGUAAUGUAGGAUCUGCUCCGUCGUCAGCUGGAGGUUCACCUGCUCCCACCUCUGGUGGUCUACCACCACCACCUGGAUUCCGCAACAACAAUAAUAAUGUAUCUAUGCCAGCUGCGACUCCACUCAUACCGCAAAGAACAGGCGGUGGAACGAUGUCAUCGCAAGGAGCAGCAAACAAAUGA